AUGGCUGGCGGUAAAGCGGGUAAAGAUUCGGGUAAAGCUAAGGCUAAAGCAGUCUCCAGAUCAGCCAGGGCAGGUUUGCAGUUUCCCGUAGGCAGAAUUCACAGACAUCUCAAGAAUAGGACAACGAGUCAUGGACGCGUUGGUGCAACCGCGGCAGUAUAUUCUGCAGCUAUUCUGGAAUAUCUUACAGCCGAGGUAUUGGAGUUGGCGGGAAACGCAUCUAAGGAUCUCAAGGCGGCGGUGUCAUCCCACACAUACACAAAUCGCUCAUCGGGAAAAAAGGAGGCCCUGGCGCACCCGUCUAGAAUUAGGUUAUCCAUGUGA